AGUUACCCUAAAAAUCCUUGGCAGAGAGAAAGAGAGACCAACGACCAAGAAGAUGAUUAUCCCUGUUCGUUGCUUCACUUGUGGAAAGGUGAUUGGAAACAAAUGGGAUCAGUAUCUUGAUCUCCUCCAGCUUGACUACACUGAAGGGGACGCACUUGAUGCACUCCAACUAGUCAGAUACUGCUGCAGGCGUAUGCUAAUGACUCAUGUUGAUCUGAUUGAGAAGCUUCUCAACUAUAACACUCUGGAAAAAUCAGACAACAGUUAGAAGCGGAUGCAAAUUUGGUGGAAGAGUUUUCCUCUUUAGAGGGUUAUAUAUCAAUAUAUAUAUAUAUAUCAAGAUAAUGAAGAUUAAUUUCCAAAAUUCUAAGAAUGUCUAUCAAUAAAAUGUUGGUAAAAUCUUUCUAUGCUUAUGUAAAAUGUUUUUAAUGUCUUUAUUGUAUGUUUACAAGCUUAAUCCUUGUUUGUAACUUUGUAAUUUUAAUAUGUUUAAUAUUAAUCCAAUAUUUAUUAUGUUU